AUGCACUCAUCUACCUUCCUCUUCUCCCUCCUGGCAGCUUCGGCCUCAGCUCUUCCAGCCACCGGAAUGCUCGCCAAAGCCAUCAUGGCAAGGGCUCCUCCAGAAGCCAACGUAGUCAUCAAUAGCAUCACCUACUCCGGAGCUGGUUGCCCUGACGCUGAUGUGGCUUCGCAGGUAUCUGUUGACAAAACAGUCGCUGUUUUUCUCUAUGAUGCCAAUCUUGUGUCGACAGCGGAUCCUGGGACUGUCAAGUGUGCCCUCAAUCUUGAUAUCAGUGUGGUUGCUGGCUGGAAAUAUGGGGUCGGGAAGAGCAUCGAUGUGGCUGGUUAUGCUUCAACGCAAGUGGGAGUACAGGCUGGAGUUGAUGUGAAGUUAACUACUAGCACUGGAUCGUUUACUUGGGCUACUCCAUUGGGCACUUCAUUGGCCCCGACAGAGCAGGAUGUGCAUAUACACCUCUCUCGACCAGACUCUGGACCAUGGUCUGCUCCUGGUGGAGGUCUUUCAACUCUAGAAACCGCGAUAACUAUAGAUCCUAAAUCCAGUGGAAAUACUGGUGUCUUGAUCUUAGAUACUCUCACUUCUACAUUGGAGUACAAGAAGGUCUAG